CCAUGCGUUCCUUCGUCGUUCUCCUCGCCCUUAUCGCCACCUUCUUGCUGUCGCGCAGGCCGACACCUUCGGUCGCUGCGUUGUCUCCAAGUGCUCGCCGGAGGUUUACUCGUGCUCCUCGACCCGAAGUGCGCCAACGCCGCCGAUUGCCUCAGCCGCUGCCCUCCAUCGGCCCAGUCCGGGUGCAGCCGUGAGUGCACUGCCAGCGCUGUCUACGCCAACCUGACCGCUUGCUCGUCGCAAUGCGUGUCGACUGGUGUGGCUGAUGUGAUCUCGCUCGUUGCGCCCGCGAGAGCGGACAACAUCAUGGCCGGCUGCAACGCUAUGAAGAAGGCCAUGUGCGCUACGGCCAUCGCCGGCGCCAUCGUCGCGUGUGGUGGACCCGAGGACAUCCCCUGCAUUCUGGCCGCCCUGGGCGCCCUGGAGGGCUGCGUCACUUGCUUCUGUGAGUCCAAGGGUUGCCGCGGUCUCUGCAAGCACGUCUGCUAG